CGAUCGUGACAAAUGCAUAAACAAAUAUGUGACUUAAUUUAGUAGCGCCUCGAAUAUAUUCUGCUUGGAAAUUUGUGUCAUGUAAAUAGCAGUUAACACGAUCGCUGAUAGCGCCCGAGUUAAUCGGAUGUCAAGCGUCAGUGGCCCAGUUAUUUUAAUUUUUGCUACCGAAAAGCUAACAAAGCAUGGCAAAAGCGGGAAAUGUGCGGGGCAGCGGGCAGCGGACAGUGACAUCAGCUGCAUGCAAUAACCUAUUCACAUACAAAAAUCUCACUAUUGCUGCGGGCCCAAAGCUCUGGAUGCCACUGAACCGGCCCUGUGUGCUGCGCUUCCGUUCCGUAAAAAGUCAAGCGAAAAGUCCACAAAACAUUCGAAUUAAAUUAAAUUUGAUAUAAUUUGUUGCAAUGCAAUUUAAAUGGACUCAGUUGUUGGCCUGAAAAAUUGAGUUUUUGGCCAGCUCUGGAGCAGUUGGCGCCUAACACUUGGGGCAGCUGCACGCAUCGGAUCGGAUUGCAUCAAAUACUUGGAGCAUGUUGCUGGACGAGUUCUGUGUAAAGGUCUAUUUCUGGCCAUUUCUCUCGUAUUUGGCCAGCAUCAAGGGCUUGUGUCCGGCGUAUCCCACAGGUUAUUUUACGGUCUAUCCGUUGCCCGUGCCGCCAGCUCAAGUGCCAUUAAUGCCCACAUCCACGUCCAAUGCAGUGUACCCAACGUUUCAACCGACGCCGCCUUUGCAGCCAAUCACCACGACCACAACGACUGCCGGCACCACGACCACCACCACCACCACCACCACCACCUCCAGCACAGCGAGCAGCACCACAACAACCACAGCGGGCGUGAUCACAACAACCGCAGCCGAUACCACAUUGCCCGCACCGACGUGUCCUUCGUCGCCUUUCGUUUGCCUUCCCGGCGGACUGCCUCCGCUGCCCAAUUGCCCCUGCAUCGAUCCACGACAGCAGCAGCAGCAGCAGCAGGCUUCCAGCAUGCCCAUGGGUUCGGAUAUCAUGGUCUUUAUGCCGCUCAAUCCGAGUCGACAUCGUCGGCGUCGUCGCAUCAGAUUCCACUAGUUACACAAUCGAGUUCCCAUAGCCCCCUCCCCUCACAUAGUUGUAGUUGAUUGCGCAAUAAAAACAAACCAAAUUGAAUAUCCAAAUCGAUCGUUGCACUUGCACCCAACCCAAAUCCAAAACUGUACCAUGAGCUCCAUCUGUAACUCA